AGUUGGCGUGCGAGCGCUCCUCCAAUGACCAGCUGAGAACGCCCCACUGCUCCGUCUCACACUGCGGGGGUGGGGAGCUCAGAAGUUCGCGGUAGGCCUCGGUAAAACAUGGGAUACGAGCUGGACCGCUUUAAUGGAACAGUAGACCCGGACUUCAAGUGCAAUUUGUGCAACAAAGUUCUGGAGGAGCCGCUGACCACCCCGUGCGGCCACGUCUUCUGCUCCGGCUGCGUGUUGCCUUGGGUCGUCCGGCAGAGCAGCUGCCCCGUCAAAUGCCAGCGGGUCUCCGCCAAGGAGCUCAACCACGUCCUGCCGCUCAAAAACCUCAUCCUAAAGCUGGAGAUCAAAUGUGACAACCAUGCGCGCGGCUGCCCGGCGGUGGUGAAGCUGCAGCACCUGGCCGAGCACGCCGGGAUGUGCGCCUACUCGCCGGCCAAGUGCGGCCACCAGGGAUGCGACGCGGCGCUCAGCCCGCGGGACCUGGACGCGCACAUGCGGGAGACGUGCGACUUCCGCCCGGCGGGGACGUGCGAGCGCGGCUGCGGCUUGACGCUCACGCAGCGGGAGCGGCGGCUGAGCGCGCACUGCUGCGUGCGCGCCCUGAAGGCGCACAACAGCCUGCUGCGCUACAAAAGCAUGUGCCUGGACCGGGAGUGCAAGAAGCAGACCAUCGAAGCCAACAAGAGGGAAAAGGCGCUUCUGGCGCAACUUUCCGCCGCGCACGGAGAGCUGCAGAUGACAGCCGUGAAGUAUCAGAAAAAAUUCGCAGAGUACAGCGAGAGGAUCGAUUCUCUCACCAGAACUUGUGGGGCUUGCCCUCCUCGGGGAAAAGGCAAUGAGACUAAAAGUGUGACAGUUAUCCUUCGUCGCGAGGGCGGAUCUCUGGGGUUUAACAUCAUGGGAGGAAGACCAUGCGCGGAGGACAACGACAGCACUUUGAAGGAGGGGAUCUUUGUGUCAAAAAUCACGAAGGACGGACCCGCCGACAACGCAGACGGACUGCAACUCCACGACCGGAUUGUAGAGGUCAACAGCAAAGAUCUCUCAACAGCAACUCAUGAUCAGGCGGUGGAGGCCUUCCGUACCGCCAAGGACCCCAUCAUGGUGCAGGUUUUGCGCCGCGCCCCACCGCCCAAAGUGGUCAGCCCUACCAGCGACUUGCAGAUGUCAGAUAUCAGCACCCAGACAGAAAUCACCAUGCAGCACAUCAUGCCCCUUACCCUUACCCAGCUGCAGCAACCGUCGCCCUCCUUGACCGUGCUUGAGGAAUACCUGCUUCCGGACACGCAUCCUCCUGGGCAUGAAUACUUCGACCCCAAUGACUUCCUGGACGGCAUCAAUCAGGACAUAGAACGUGAAGAGCUAGAAUAUGAGGAGGUAGAUCUGUACCGAGCCAACGUCCAGGAGAAGCUCGGCCUGACGAUCUGCUACAGGACUGACGACGAGGACGAAGCUGGGAUCUACAUCAGUGAGAUCGAUCCGAACAGCAUCGCAGCCAAAGAUGGCCGAAUUAGAGAGGGGGAUAAAAUCGUCCAGAUCAACGGCAUCGAGAUCCAAAACCGCGAAGAUGCAGUCGUGUUGCUGACCAGUGAAGGGAACCAGAACAUCUCUCUCCUGGUUGCCAGACCAGAGAUACAGCUGGAUGAGGGCUGGAUGGAUGAUGACAGGAAUGACUUCUUGGACGACCUCCACAUGGACAUGCUGGAGCAGCAGCACCAUCAGGCCAUGCAGUUCACUGCCAGCAGGCUGCAGCAGAAGAAGCACGAGGAGGACGGAGGCACCACUGACACGGCCACGCUUCUCUCCAAUCACCACGAAAAGGACAGCGGCGUCGGCCGCACCGACGAGAGCACCCGCAACGACGAGAGUUCCGAGCAGGAGAACCUGGCCGAUGACCAGACCACGUCCUCCAACACACUCAGCAGCUACAGGAAACUGACCUACAGCCAGGACACCCUUGGUAGCGCCGACCUGCCCUUCGGCGGCGACUACGCCGAGACCGACUUUCUGGGCAUCCCGGCGGACGAGUGCGAGCGCUUCAGAGAACUCCUGGAGCUCAAGUGCCAAAUGAGAAACGUGGGAAUUCAGAGCCUCUUCUGCCAAGGCGGCGGGGCGGAAGGUCAGGACCAGGAAUUGGCGGACAAAGAGCUCGAGCUGCUCAACGAGGAGCUGCGUAACAUCGAGCUGGAGUGCCUUAAUAUCGUCCGUGCCCACAAGAUGCAGCAGCUCCGGGAGCAGUGCCGGGAAUCCUGGAUGCUCCACAACAGCGGCUUCCGUAACUACAAUACGAGCAUAGACGCACGCCGCCAUGAGCUGUCGGAUAUCACGGAGAUGCCGGAGAAAUCGGACAAAGAUAGCUCCAGCGCCUACAAUACCGGUGAAAGCUGCCGCAGUACUCCUCUGACGUUGGAGCUGUCGCCGGACAACUCCCUGCGUCGUGGGACGGACGACCAGGGUCCAGCUGAGCCGACCGGCUCUGACGGCAGGCUGCUCAAAUCUCCCCCGUCUCCUGUCCAGGAAGCUGGUGGCCCCAAAGCCGGAGCAAAGGAUCCAGAGACUCUCCAGGUGGAAAAUAAGGAAAAGAAACUGGGAGAGUCCAGCAAAGCCGGGCGGAGCUUUGCUCAGCCACGGUCCCCUUACAAGCACGCCCAUAUCCCCGCCCACGCCCAGCACUACCAGAGCUACAUGCAGCUGAUCCAGCAGAAAUCGGCCGUAGAGUACGCCCAAAGCCAAAUGAGCCUGGUCAGCAUGUGCCGGGACCCGAUCAGUACCAGUGACCUGGUCCCAAAGAUGGAGUGGAAAGUGAAAGUCCGAAGCGAUGGCACGCGUUACAUCACCAAGAGGCCAAUUCGUGACAAGCUGCUGAGGGAGCGCGCCCUGCGAAUCCACGAGGAACGCAGCGGCGUGACCACGGACGACGACGCCAUCAGCGAGCUGAAGAUGGGGCGGUACUGGAGCAAGGAAGAGAGGAAGCAGCACGCGGUCCGUUCGAAGGAACAGAGGCAACGCCGCGAGUUCAUGAAGCAAAGUCGAGUCGAUUGCCUAAAGGAGCAGGUCAGCGUGGAGGACAAAAAAGAACCCAACAUCAUCGAACUCAGCCACAAAAAAAUGAUGAAAAAGAGAAAUAAGAAGAUAUUUGACAACUGGAUGACCAUCCAGGAACUGCUGACCCAUGGUACCAAGUCCCCAGAGGGGACUAAAGUUUACACCUCGCUAUUGUCUGUGACCACGGUUUAGGUCCUGCAUCUGCGUGGGACAGGACCGACAGGAUGGGGAUGAAGUGUAAAUAGAACUCUACCAGUCGGGGGGGAGAUUUCUGCUUCGUUCAAUGUGGCAAAAUGUUGUAAAUAAGAAAUAGGAAAGACUUUUAUGGAGAGUUUCCACUGCUUGGGGGGUGAAAAAGCUUUGAUUUGUCUGGACGUGGUUGUGGGGAUGGUUCUGAAAAAAACUUUACCAAAUUAUAACUUUUUCUACCUUUGUGCUUUUGAAUAAUAAGCAUACUUUUUUUUUUUUUUUUUUUUUACUUAAAGUAUAAAAAAAAAAAAAGUGCCAUACAUAAACAGCCAGCAUUUACGCUAUUUGACAUUAUUUUGUUGUUGCUAUGCUGUAUAUCUUUCAUCAGUAUUUGUUCUGCUUUGCGUACUCUGCUUUUAUGGAAAACAACAGUAGGAAGCAAUCCUUUCCAAAAGGACUUUUUGUGAAUAAAUGUUUGCAGCAAACCCAAGUUUUACCUUUUUUAAUUUCCCUUUGAAAUGGUGCUGAUUCCCGAAAGUCUGUACCGUCAGUCAAGUACCAAAGUAGGAAACAUCAAAGUGCACUUACUUAUUCUCAGGACAUUGAAACUGGAUGGUUCGUAUCGUCUUGAAAGACCUUUCGUCUCAUUUAAUCAGACAUUCGGACGUCUUGAGUCUGAGAGGAUGGUGAAGGAUCUAAAGUAUUUAUCUUCUGUGGGUCAAACAAGGAUUGGACAAUUGUUAAAUAUCUAGUGUACCGUAUUUCCAGACUGUAAGGCACUUUAAAAAUAUAUAUAUUUUCUGAAAAGUCGCCUUAUAACCCAGUGCGCCUAAUAAAAAUAAGUUUGGUUGAGCUUAACCACCUCAAAGCUAUUUUAUUUGGUACAUGGUGUGAUGAUAAGUAUGGCCGGUAGAUGGCAGUCAAACAUAAGAGAUAAGUGUAGGUUACACUCUGAUGGCAAUAUGACUCAAGUAAUCAACACCAACAUUUUAUAUGUUCCAUUGAAAAUAUAAAACAUUACACACGGCGCUCAAAAAUGUUUUGGUAUGACUUUAAAAAGCUAUGGAGCCGCACUGCUUGAUGUGCUUCAACAUGCAAGUUUUAUUAUGGUGUGUGUAUAAGAUAAGACAUAUUAUCUGGCGUUUUGUUUCGCAAUAUUAAGCAAAAACAACUUUUCUUACCUUCUGGUACCUGCUGAUCUGUAUAUGGGAGCUGCAUAAAUCCUAAAAAAUUGCGCGCCUCCGCCUUUGUAGUCUGUGCCGACGCCGUAGUCGAUAAGCUUCUUCUUGUUAUGGGACAUUCAUCCUCCACUGUUGCCGUUUCUGAUAUAAAGUAGUGUAAAGUUCUUACUUAUAUCUGUCAGUAAACUCGCCAUGAAAGCGCUAAAACAUACUGGUGUGGUGAGUUUACAUUAUUCACCCAAGGAACUUUACUUAUUCGAGAGUUCCGUUCGGACGUUUUUCAUGGGACACUUUUCCGAAUGAGAGAUGCCUCUCUGUUAUUGAUUUCUGAAUGACUUUUUGACACUUCUUCCACUUUCGUCCUUGCACGCUACACCGCUACAACAAAGAUGACGGGGAGAAGACGCCGUCGAAGGUGAGCCACGUAAAUAAGACCGCCCACAAAACGGCACAUCCUGAAGCGACUGUCAGAAAGCGGCUUGUAGAUGAUCUGUAAAACAUAAUCUAUGCAAUAUUUUGACCAAAGAACCACCAUUACAUGUUAUGUAGACUACAAGGAAGUGUAUUCCAUUUAGAAGAAAAUAAUAAUAAAUAAUAUACGCCCUAUGAUCCGGUGCACCUUUUACGUGUGUGUGUGUGUGUGUGUGUGUGUGUGUGUGUGUGUGUGUGUGUGUGUGUGUGUGUGUGUGUGUGUGUGUGUGUGUGUGUGUGUGUGUGUGUGUGUGUGUGUGUGUGUGUGUGUGUGUGUGUGUGUGUGUGUGUGUGUGUGGGAAAAAUCAUAAGACUACUUCCUCUCUACAGAACUGUUUGAUGAGGGGUUCCCUCAAUCUCUGGAUAAUCUAAUUAAGACAUAUAUAUAUGUAUAUAUAUAUAUAUAUAUAUAUAUAUUAAUAUAUAUGUGUGUGUGUGUGUGUGUGUGUGUGUGUGUGUGUGUGUGUGUGUGUGUGUGUGUGUGUGUGGGGGAAAAAUCACAAGACUACUUCAUCUCUACAGAACUGUUUCAUGAGGGGUUCCCUCAAUCUCUGGAUAAUCUAAUUAAGACAUAUAUAUAUAUAUAUAUAUAUAUAUAUUAUAUAUAUAUACACAUAUAUAUAUACACAUAUAUAUAUACAUAUAUAUAUGUAUAUAUAUAUUUAUAUAUAUAUAUAUAUAUAUAUAUAUAUAUAUAUAUAUGUGUUUAAUCUUAAAAGAGCAGUUAAAGGUAAAGGUAAAACUAAAAUAAUGGUUUUAAACAAACCAAAUAUGUAAACUUUGUUUUGUUUUUUUACCUAUUUCAUUACAACUGUUAGGGCAGCGUGGGUCGGUUAGUAGAACGGUCGUGCCAGCAACUUUAGGGUUCCAGGUUCGAUCCCCGCUUCCGCCAUCCUAGUCACUGCCGUUGUGUCCUUGGGCAAGACACUUUACCCACCUGCUCCCAGUGCCACCCACACUGGUUUGAAUGUAGCUUAAAAAUGUAGAUAAUAUGUUUCACUAUGUAAAGCGCUUUGAGUCUUUUGAAAAAAGCGCUAUAUAAAUAUAAUUCACUUCACUUCACAUAUGAAAAAAAGAGAAAAAAUAGACCAUUCAUCGGCAGUGCGCCUCAUAAUCCGGUGCGCCCUACGGUAUGGAAAAUACCGUAUCUUAAAAGAAAUCCUCUUCCGGGCAUAUCCCCCACUUUUAGAAGAUGAAUACUGUGGAUCCUGCACCAUCUUUCCAGACUAAAGUGUCCAAUCUAAGACAAUCCGAGCAGUUUAGUUGCGAUCGAUGCCCUAAAAGUACAACAACUUGGAUGAGUAAGAAUAUUCCCAGUGUGCUUAAUGUGUUGAAUAAAGAUAUUUCUCAUA